AUGGCGUUGUUGGCUCGAUUGAGAAGGACGGCCAGACAGGCGCGACACAAAUGUUGCUGUGUGAAAAGCGGUGUGGACGCAACAACACCUCAGGCGCAGGUGGCUAGGGCGCUCAAGCGACAGCGUGAACGAUCGAAAGUGGAUGGCGACUCGGACGCAGAUGUUACAAUGUCCUUGAAGACAUUGGGCAGGCAAGCUGGAUCGCCUGUGGACGUGUGGAUUGCGGUUGCUUUGGAGGAAGCGACGACAGAGAAGCAGCCAGAAGUGGUUGAAGAGAAGAAGAAGAACAAGAAGAGCAAAAAGAAGAGGGCUAAAGGAGAUGAAGAGGCCAAGCUGAAGAAUAAGAAAGAAAGAAGUGAAAGAAAAGAAAGCAGGCGGGAGGAAAGGCGCCUGAAGAAGGAGGAAAAGAGGAGAAAGAGGGUUGCAAGCCUAGAGUUGGACAGAGAAUCCACCUCCAUGAGGGAGGACAAGGGGGAAUCAGUGAAACUAAGAGAAUCAGCACAACUUGCAACACCACAAAUGAUUGCGACUGACGAAGGAGAAAAUGUAGAAAUCACCCCGUUGACGCAGCGUCGUAAGGAGAAUGCACCGCAAGGUUCAACAGUUGACCCUCCAAUUUUGAUAGAUGCGUUAGAAGAAUAG